AUGUAUUCUCCCGCCAACUGUUCCAACCUGGAAUUUAAGUCUCCGGGUUUAGAGGUGCUUGAGACAUUGGUUUACCAGGAUCUCUGCAACAGCAGCAGCCAGGGGGUGAGACUGAGUUUCUUCGACCCCGAGGUCUUGAACAUGACUGCGGAACAGCUCCGGUUUAGAUACUUGGGGCCUCGCCGCUCGGGGUUCUUCGUCCCCAUCUGCACCACGUACCUCCUGAUUUUUGUGAUCGGCGCGGUGGGCAACGCGCUGACCUGCCUGGUGAUUAUCCAGCACCGCUUCAUGAGGACGCCCACCAACUAUUACCUCUUCAGCUUGGCGGUGUCGGACCUGCUGGUGCUUCUCUUGGGGAUGCCCCUUGAGAUUUACGAGAUGUGGAGCAACUACCCUUUCCUCUUGGGUGCGGGUGGCUGCUGCUUCAAGACCCUGCUCUUCGAGGCGGUCUGCUUCGCCUCCAUCCUCAAUGUCACGGCGCUCAGCGUGGAGCGAUACAUCGCAGUGGUGCACCCGCUCAAAGCCAAGUACGUGGUGACCAAGACCCACGCCAAGAGGGUCAUCGUCACCGUCUGGACCCUUUCGGUCGUCUGCUCGAUCCCCAACACCAGCCUCCACGGCAUCCAGACCCUCUACGUGCCGGGCUGGGGGGUGGUCCCCGACUCGGCCACCUGCACCUUGGUGAAGUCCCGCUUGAUGUACAACCUCAUCAUCCAGGUCACCACCAUCAUCUUCUUCUUCAUCCCGAUGGGCGUCAUCAGCAUCCUCUACCUGCUGAUCGGCCUGCAGCUGAGGAAGGAGAAGAUGCUGGAGGCGCUCGAGGCCAAAUCCGGAAGCAUCUGCGAUUACCACAACAUCCGACUCCAGCAGAAGAAGGUCAGGAGGAGGCAGGUGACCAAGAUGCUGUUCAUGCUGGUGGUCGUGUUUGGCAUCUGCUGGGCUCCCUUCCACACGGACCGCCUCGUCUGGAGCUUCAUCACCCACUGGACUGACCAAAUGCUGCACAUGUUCCAGUACGUCCACAUCAUCUCGGGCGUCUUCUUCUACCUGAGCUCUGCCGCCAACCCCAUCCUUUACAACCUGAUGUCCACGCGUUUCCGCGAGAUGUUCAAAGAAGUGAUGUGCCACGGACGCUUCCGGAAGCUGGCCUCCCGCAAGUACUCCCCCAGCAGCACACGGGCCACCACGCGCAGCACCGUCUCUGAGCACAUCCCUGGGGGCAACGGGGUGCCGCUUUCUGACAUGGAGGAAUACGACAUGGACGCCGAGGGGGAGAACGAGGAGGAGCAGGAGGCCCCGUACCUCUGA